UCCACGCUCUCUCGACCCGUCUUCGGACUGUGGUCCGUCUCAAGUUUGUUGCUGCAGAAACAGUGAAUUGAGCACAACGAGGAGCCAUAACUGAAACAUUUUGAAGACGUUUUUCGGUUGUAUUCUCGGAACUGACAUGGCAAAAGGGAAGAAGACUGUGCUGAGAACCGACAAAAAGCCCGAGGAAACUGUUGAACAUAAAGUCACUUCACAGACGGAGACAAAGGAAAACAAGCCAGCAACUAACAAGGACUGUGUGGGUGUAGGUAAAGUGCAGUCAGUUCUCCAGGGUCUACGGAGUCCAGGCAAACCAAGAUCCCCUUUGAGCGACAGUUCGAGCAUGCUGAUCCAGGAAGGAAAUGAUUUUGAUGCAAGUAAUCCUGGCACUUCAAAGCAGAACAAAGGCACACCCAAUGAAAUGACAUCUGACAGUUGCGAGUCUAAAGAGCAGCAGUCUGAAGUGGCUUGUCACAGUCAUGGGACAAGAGACCAAGCCACUGACCAACCUGAGCAAAAACAGUCCACCACACAUGCAGAUGUCAGGUCUGCAACUGACAGCAAAGUUCCAGUAUCCAAGCCUCGGAGCAGAACUGGUCGCAAACUUGGAGCAAAAAAGAUAGAAAAUAAAGCUCCCCAAAACAGAAAGGUCACAGACUAUUAUCCCAUCAGACGAAGUAACAGAAAAACUAAAGCAGAGUUAAAGAGUGAAGAACACAGACACAUUGAUGACCUGAUAAAGAACGGCAUUGAGGAGGGAAUGCAGGUCAAACACAUAGAAGGAAAAGGAAGAGGAGUUUUUGCUAUCAAGGGCUUCAAAAAAGGAGAUUUUGUCGUGGAGUACCAUGGAGACCUACUGGACCUUACUGAGGCUAAAACAAGAGAGGACCAGUAUGCUCAGGACCCUCAAACAGGCUGUUACAUGUACUACUUCCAGUAUCAAUCUAAAACUUACUGUGUUGAUGCUACAAAGGAGACCAGCCGUCUUGGGAGGCUGAUCAACCACAGUAAAAUUGGAAACUGUCAGACUAGACUCCACCCCAUCGAUGGAACCCCUCAUCUGAUCUUAGUGGCUUCUAAAGACAUCAAAGCCGAGGAGGAGCUGCUGUAUGACUAUGGUGACAGGAGCAAAACCUCAAUUUUGGCACAUCCUUGGCUUAAAAAGUGAAACCACGACUGUUAACAUUUCAGAAGAAUUGGUGCUCUCGGCUGUCCAUUUCAUCCUUAUGUAAAAGAUGCCAUACAUGGAAAAAAAUGCCUUUUUUUUUAUUAAGUAUAAAAGUGUUUGGGUUUUAAAUAGGGGCUAAAGCUUCAGCUCAUGAAAAGUGUAUUUUUGAAAAAUGUGUUUUUAUCAUGCUUUUAUAUUUUUCCUAACUAAUGGAUUCAAACUUGAAGAGUAUUUUUCCUUGAAGUAGUGUUUCACUGUCCAUGGGGACUCUUUUGUAAAGAAUGAAAUUCUGGAUAUUGUAAAUUAUUGGUGUGCUUGUAAAUUGAGGAAUAAAACUGCUGAGUUUUCAUUCCA